AUGUUAGCAGCAGAUCCUUUAAGUCCUGCAAGUUCUGAAAUGGCUGACACAUGCCACAGGAAUUUGGAGGUCAGGUCCACCUUGAACUCAUGUCAGAAAUGGUCAUGUAACUCCAGCCAUUCCUUAAUCACUUUUGCAGUGUCACAGAGAGUGAAGAGAAGGUCUCUGUGUCACAUUAUCCUGCUGAAAGAGGUCACUGCCAUUACCUCUUCUGUUGGAUGGGCCAUAUGGCUAGCCUUUACUCACCAAGCAAAUCAGUCAGCCAUAGUCACCCAUGACCCUGUUGCUGGGCCACCAUGGAUCCUUCCUUCCUUGGAUCACUUUGUACCAUCCAUACAGGUGCUCUUCGUUCCUGAAUGCCAGACCGAGUUUGUUCCUACUGGAGUCAUGUUGUCCACUCUCCUUGUGCCAUGUCUUCUGCUUGCUCCAUGCAUUCACUCUGCUCAGUGGUGCUACCAGAGCCAGUAUUCAUGUGACAAUAAUUGCAGAAAGCCCAGUGAGUGGGCAAAAGACUUUCUAGAUUGUGGAGGCCAGAACCAGUCACCCAUUAACAUUGUCACACAAAAGGCAAGGCUUGACCCCUGUCUAACCCCGAUCAUCUUUGAAGGUUACACACAAACUCUGAACGUUACUGUGCAGAACCUCGGAAAUACUGCUAUGCUUACACUUCCUCCAUCUCUGCGGAUCCGAGGUGGGGCUCUGCCUGCCACCUACAAGGCCAUUCAGCUGCAUCUACACUGGGGAGUGAAUGACGGGCCAGGCUCAGAACACACUGUAGAUGGGGAGCAGUAUCCUAUGGAACUCCAUAUUGUUCAUAUAAAAGAACAAUACAAUACACUGAAGGAAGCCAUUAAUGAUACAGUAGGGGUAGCAGCUCUUGCCUUCUUUUAUGAGGUGUCCACAGAAGAAAACCAAAAAUUCACUCAACUGAUUCAGGCUUUGGGAAAUAUUCCAUAUAACGGGAACAGCAGUACUGUCACAGAAUUCCGGUUGACUGAUAUCUUGCCUUCGUUGGACAAGCUUUCCAGUUACUAUCGUUACUCAGGUUCUCUGACCACACCAAGCUGUUAUGAAAGCAUCCUCUGGACGAUCUUCCAGCAGCCUUUUUACAUCAGCCAACAACAGCUGGUGAACCUAACCAAGCAGAUGUGGUUCGAGAGGGAAAAGCCCAUGAUUGAAAACUUCCGCCCAGUGCAGAAGCUAAACGGACGCAUAGUGUACAAAUCCACGGCAUGUGUCUGUAGGUCGUCAGGACCAGUCUUUCUGUGUCUGUGUGUCCUCUGUAUUUUCGAGCUGAUACAGGGUAUAUUCACAUAAUGCACUAUCUAUAAUUUCAGGAUAAAAAUCCAAAAGAAUCACAAUACAUGUACAUGUGAGCACAUUUAAAAUAUAAAAAAGGCAACUGUUUAUUAAUUUGUUUGCAAUAUGAUUAAAAACUUGCAACAAAAUUCCACAAAGAAAGCCCCAAUGAAUUAUAGCUAAGAUGUAACAGACUGCUUGGAUUUAUAAUGAAUGUAUAAAGAAAGAAGCUUCAAAGAGAAGCCAUAAUUUUAAGCCAUAUAAACAUGACUUACAUAUGACAUUAUGCAACAUAUCUUGGGUAAGGCUCUUGGGGGAAAAAUAAAGAUAUUCUCUUUGUAACAUUCAUUCAUUCAUUCAUUCAUUCAUUUUCUACCGCUUAUCCAAUCUACCUCGGGUCACGGGGAGCCUGUGCCUAUCUCAGGCAUCAUUGGGCAUCAAGGCAGGAUACA